AUGCACUUUAUAAGAAAAAUAAAUAAAAACGUGCAGGAGUCGUUCUCAAUAAUAAAUGAAGGGAUACAGAUAACGAACGGGAUUCUUGAAAUAAAAUCAGUACAUUUGCCAAGAUUGUUGCAACUGAGCGCGAAAAGGAAUGUAAAAGAAGAAGAAUCAGCAAUAUGUUGCAUAUUUGAGGAGUACGGAGGCGGAAGGAGAAAGGGUGUAAGAGUAAACGACAAUAAAUUUCAAGAAAAAAGAGAAUCUGGAGAACCAAGAGUGAAACAGAGACUGGUGAGUAAGUUGAAGUUCCUACAUGGCGAAAACGGAGGAUUGGAAGGAGGAGAAGGCGGGAAGAACGGAGUAGGCGGAGAGGCAACAUGCUCACUGGGAGAAAACUGUGUACUUAGAAGGUUCUCAGAAUCAUCGUACAGAGAGAGCGUUGAGUUCGUAGAGGUGUUCCUGAAAUCGCUGACGAGAGUGCUGGAGGACGCGAGCAGCAGCUCGAGGAAGGUGGUAGAGAACCAGUCGUUUCUGACGCUGUACGAAAUAUCGCAAUUGUACGACGCAGCACUCGUGCUGAAAUCACAAGCCGGAAGGCUAGUUAAGCUGGAAGGAAGGAUGGAGGGGCUUCAGAGCUCACUGCUGGCGCUGGUGGCGCAGGCGCUGAAGCUGCUGAACGAGAUGCUGGCGUACCCGUCGCACAUCUACUUUGGAAACCUGAACAGAGAGUACGAUGACUCGAAGAUAGAAAGAAGAAAGUACGACGAGCUCGUGAAGAGGAGGUACGGGGAGGAGAAGGUGGACGAGUACGAGCUGGUGGGAUCCUUCGCUUUCAUCAACGUGAACGAGGAGGAAAAAAGGGACCUGGACGAGUACCUGAGGUGCAUAGACGCGAUCCUGGACGCGUCGGAAGACGCGAAGCAGGUACUGGAGGCGCUGAGCGUGACCUACUACGGCGAGGACGCGGAGUGGAACGAGGUCUUCCACGGCUUCCUGCAGCUCUUCCAGAAGAUAUUCGCCUACAACGACGUUAACUGGCACGUGGCGCAGGAGGACGGCAGCGCGCUCUACCUGUGGAACAGGCACUACGACGCGUGCAGCCAUUACGUAUACCACGAGGAGCACUGCUACGACUGCACGAAGCCGAAGAUGGACCGGGACCUGGACGCGAAGGAGGACUACUGCGCGUGCUUCCUGACCACGCAAAGGUGCAGCUUCAGAGUGAAGGUGGCGGUGGAGGAGGCGAUUAAGAGCAACCCGGCCUUAGUGAAGCAGCUGCUCGGCCUGCUGAGGAGCGUGAAUCAGCUGUACAUCAAGUCGCGGCUUCUGGAGCUGAUGAGCCAGCUCACGGCGCAAGUGGAGGGUUUCGCGGACGUCUUCAGCAAGCAGGGAGCCUUGCAGAGCGUGUUUGGCGCCCUGGAGGACUGCAGCAAGGACCACUUCUACAUGCUCAACACGACGCUGAACGCGGCGUCAUACGAGGAGCAGAAGCCGGCGCCGCACCUGGCGCUGGUGAACGAGAAGGACCUGAAGAUAUUUAUGUCGUUCCCGCCGUGCGCAGUGGAGGCGCUGACGCUGAUACACAGCUACGCGGUGAGCUCGAGAAUGCACGUGAGUCCGAGGGACGCCGCGACUCUGGCGAGGUACGCGAAGAACCUGGUGCUGGUGUACACCUACUAUAACUGCACGCACGAGUCCACGAAAUCAAUGGAGCUGCUGAGCGCGUUUUCGCAGAUCUUGCACGUUGCGCUGGAAAGCGCGUUGUUCGCCCAAGUGUGCGUGAGGGACCUGGGAGUGAGGGCAGAGCCCUUUAUAAAGCACAUAGUGGAAAAGCUGGACCCGCCAGACAGGACUGCGGACGCGGAGGCGCGGUCUAGCAGGCUGGACCUGGAGCUGUGUAACAUGGUGACGUGCAGCCUGGUCAUCCUGAUGAACCUGAGUAAGCUGGGAAAUUUCGUGGAAUCUCAGGCAAUAAGGUCCUUCACGAACUAUCUGAGCGUCUACAUGAGCACUUUGAACGGCAGAGGCGGAGAGGCGAUGGUUGAGAGGCUGUCGAGCAUGAAAGUGAACGAUUUGCCGGAACUGUACAAAUGUAUGCUGAGUGUACUGCACACGAAGGAGACGCAAGUUCAAGAGGAGCUGGAGGAAGUGGUAAAGAUUAAGGUUGGGAGUUUUUUGGAUUUCGAAGGUAUGCCAAUAUUUCAGCUGGCGGUGUCACUGCUGGACCCGUACAUAAAUACGAGAGUAGCUGGUAAAUUCACAGGGGAAGUAGGUGAAUUAGAUAUAGACGCCACUGCUCAGCGUGGCGACGGUGAAGAUAAAUCACCGGCAUUACUAACAUAUGUGUAG